CGCCACCAUGUUCGCCACCCUCUUCCUUCUCGCCACCGCGUUUACUGCGCUCGCCGCUCCCCUCGGCGUCGAGGAGCGCUCGUCACGCCCCAUCCCGAUGUACAUCCACCCGAAGGCGGCGCCGCACAUGUGCCUCACGGCGUUCAAGCAGGGUCAGGGACAGUACUACGGCGCGCGCCUGUACAUCCACAAGUGCGAGGGCCUGCCGAACCAGCAGUUCCGCACGGCCUACGGCGACACCGUCCUCUGGUUCCAGGACAAGAGCGCGCAGGGCACAGUUGAGGAGCUGUGUGUCGUGACGGGAUUCACGGCUUACGACGACCCCACGGUGGACCUGACGAACGGGCGGCGCGCACAGCUCUUCCCGUGCCCGCCGCAGCGCGAUGCCAAGCCCACGCGGUGGUCGCGCAAGCCUGUGAAUGGCGUGUGGGUGCAGUACGACCGUGGCACGAUCAAGCUCAAGAAUGCGAACGUGUGCCUCGACCUCGUGGACGGGAACACGGGCGAGGGCGGCAACGUCCAGCAGUGGCAGUGCUUCAACGGAAACCUGAACCAGCAGUGGAUCGUCGACAACAAGGGCAUGGGCGCAUAGGCUUGGCGCUGGCUGCGCUCGUGGCAGGACACUGAGAAGUUGAGAAGUUGGCAUUUACAAGAGCGGACACUUGAUGAAUCCUGUG